GCGAUAUCAAUAUCGAUGACCGGUGGACAGCAAUUUCACAAAAAAAAAAACAAGGAAACAAGCCGGAUGGCAACUGAAAAUUUAGAAAAAAGUCAAUAAAAGGAAUUGAGCUUUGACGUUUGGGCUGUUCUGCGGAAGAAAUCCAGUAUUUUGGGCAUCGGUUAGCCACCGUUCGUUAGUAGGAGGCGUAACUGCGGUGAACCGGCGGCCCCGGCACCAGCAAAUCGGCAAUGUCGAAGAGUUCUGGGCGCGAGCGGGACAGGGAUAGGGAGCGGGACAGGGACAGGGAGCGGGACAGAGACAGGGAUCGCGAUAAUCGCAGCAGGGACUAUGACAUGGGAAAAUCCCGCAAUGGGGGAGCAGGAGGAGGAGGCGGCGGUAGCAGCUUUGGCAGUUCCCGCAGCGGCCGGGACGAUCGUAAGCGUGGCAAGGAUUCGGCCAGCGAACGCGGCAGGCGGGAUGAGAAGCGAAGGAAGCGUUCCAGGUCCAAGGAUUACGACAAGGACAAGCGCCUUGACCGCGAUAGAGACCGGGACCGCGAUCGCCAGCGAGAGAAGGAGCGCGAGCGCGAGAAGGAAAAGGAACGCGACCGGGAGAAGGAGCGCGAUCGUGAUCGCCAGCGGGACCGGGAGUCGGAGGGCAGACGUCCCGCCGCCUCUGCACCUCUGAUUAUACCGGUGCCCUCGUCCAGCUCCUCGGACGAGGAGGUGGAGGAGAUCGACAAGGAGGAGCAGCAGCGUCGCCUGGAGCAGGAAAUGAUUAAGCGGCGCGAGCGCAUUGAGCGCUGGCGGGCUGAACGCAAGCGGGACACCAAGGCGCCGGCCGUGGCGUUGGCUGCGGUAAAAACCGCCAAGAAGUGGAGCCUGGAGGAUGAGUCCGAGGAGGAUGACAGCAACCAUGAUCCGUCGCUGGACAGCGGCAAGAAGGAUGCCGAGCCCGACUCGCCGCCUUCCAAAUUCCAUAGCAUUCGCAAGCGCUUCGACGACGAUGCCGUCGAGACCAAGUUCUCCCCUAUGAAGCGACCCACCUUUGGCAAGGCGUUCGGCGCCAAGCUGGGCAUGGGCUUGGCACCCAAAACGGAGGCGGAGCUCAAGAAGGAGGCACCUGCCGCUGAGCACAAGGAGGUGAAGAAGGAGGCGCAGCCGGAGCCAGAGCCAGCUGAAGCUCCCGCAGCUCCCGUCAAAAUGGAGACGGAUGAGGCUAAGAAGAAGGAAACUUCUCUGCCGGAACCCGAAACCGCAACCGCAACCGAACCGGAAGCUGAAGAAGCUGCUCCUCCGGCUGAAACCCAGCCCGAAGACGAUAUAGAUCCGCUGGACGCCUACAUGCAGGAGGUCAACAACGAGAUGCGUCGCGUCAACAACUUUGUGAAUCCGCCCACCAAGGCGCAGGGCGUGGUCAUCCUCACGGGCGUGGCCAAGAAGAAGUCAACGACGACAAAGAAGGGCGAGCUGAUAGAACAGAAUAUGGACAGUCUGGAGUACUCCAGCGAGGAUGAGCUGGAGGACAUACGCGACACGGCCGUCAAUUUGGCGAUGAAGCAUCGCAAGGAGCUGGCCAAGAUAGAUCAUUCCUCGGUUAGCUAUGCUCCUUUCCGCAAGAACUUUUACGUGGAGGUGCCCGAACUGGGGCGCAUGACGUCCGGCGAUGUGGAGAAGUAUCGCCAGGAGCUGGAGGGGGUGCAGGUGAAGGGCAAGGGCUGUCCCAAGCCCAUCAAGACCUGGGCCCAGUGCGGCGUCAGCAAGAAAGAGAUGGACGUGCUGCGCAAGCUGGGCUUCGAGAAACCCACUCCCAUCCAGUGCCAGGCCAUACCGGCCAUCAUGUCCGGACGGGAUCUGAUAGGUAUUGCUAAAACCGGCAGUGGCAAGACGUUGGCAUUCAUUUUACCAAUGUUUAGGCACAUCCUGGACCAGCCGAGCCUGGAGGAUGGCGACGGUGCCAUAGCCAUCAUCAUGGCGCCCACGCGCGAACUCUGCAUGCAGAUCGGCAAGGACAUACGCAAGUUUAGCAAGUCCCUGGGCCUGCGCCCUGUCUGUGUUUAUGGCGGCACGGGGAUCUCCGAGCAGAUAGCCGAACUGAAACGCGGCGCCGAGAUCCUUGUGUGCACGCCCGGUCGCAUGAUCGACAUGCUGGCGGCCAACUCGGGGCGCGUUACAAACCUGCGACGUGUCACCUACGUGGUCCUGGACGAGGCGGAUCGCAUGUUCGACAUGGGCUUCGAGCCGCAGGUGAUGCGCAUCAUCGACAACGUGCGCCCGGAUCGCCAAACGGUCAUGUUCAGUGCCACCUUCCCGCGCCAAAUGGAGGCCCUGGCCCGUCGCAUCCUCAAGAAGCCCAUCGAGGUGAUUGUCGGCGGCAGGUCGGUGGUCUGCAAGGACGUCGAGCAGAAUGUGGUCAUCCUCAGCGAUGAUGCCAAGUUCUUUAAGCUGCUGGAGCUGCUGGGCAUAUACCAGGAGGCGGGCAGCAUCAUUGUCUUUGUGGACAAGCAGGAGAAUGCAGACAGCCUGCUGCGCGACCUGAUGAAGGCCUCCUAUCCGUGCAUGAGCCUGCAUGGAGGCAUCGAUCAGUUCGAUCGCGAUUCCACCAUUAUAGACUUCAAGUCGGGCAAGGUGCGGCUGCUGAUAGCCACCUCGGUGGCGGCACGCGGCCUCGAUGUCAAGGAUCUCAUACUGGUGGUCAACUAUGAUGUGCCCAAUCACUACGAGGACUAUGUCCACAGGUGUGGACGCACUGGACGUGCGGGCAAGAAGGGCAGCGCCUUCACCUUCAUCACCCCGGAACAAUCGCGCUAUGCCGGCGAUGUGAUUCGCGCCCUGGACCUCUCCGGCAGUUUGAUUCCCGCCGAGCUGCAGACCCUGUGGACGGAGUACAAGGCCGCCCAGGAGGCCGAGGGCAAGACAGUGCACACCGGCGGUGGGUUCAGCGGCAAGGGCUUCAAGUUCGACGAGCAGGAGUUCAAUGCCGUCAAGGAGAGCAAGAAGCUGCAGAAGGCUGCCCUCGGGUUGGCCGAUUCCGAUGAUGAAGAGGACAUUGAGCAGGAUAUUGACCAGCAGAUCGAACAGAUCUUUGCCGCCAAGCGUACGGUGAAGGACACCUCGGCCUCGGCCACAGCUGCGGCGGCGGCCACUGCCGCUGCGGUUGCCGCCGCUGCUGCCGCCGCCGCCGCUUCCGGUGGCAAUGUGGCUUUGGCCUCGGCAGCUGCCGCCGCUGCUGCUGCCAAUAUGGCCAUUGCAGCGGCAUCUGCUGGCGCUGUACCGGGCGGUGGUGCACCUACGGCUGCUGGUGCCGCUGGAGCUGGAGCCGUUGGCGGAGCAGCCCUCAGCUCAGACAAACUGGAGCUGGCCAAGCGCCUGGCCUCUAAGAUCAACAGCAGCAAGAAUCUGGACACAAAGAGCACGGUGACGGUUGUGGAGCCGCUGCUCAAGGGACAGCAUGUUCCGGGCACAGCACCGCCGCUGCUGACGGCACGAACGGUGGCCGAGCAGAUGGCCGCCAAGCUGAACAACAAGCUCAACUACCAGCCCAAGGAGGAUGAGGAGGCACUGGGCACCAUGGCGGGCGGCACUACCAACUCGUUUACCAAAUACGAGGAGGAGCUGGAGAUCAACGAUUUCCCGCAACAGGCCCGCUGGAAGGUCACCUCCAAGGAGGCCCUCGCCCAGAUCUCUGAGUACUCGGAGGCGGGCCUCACUGUGCGCGGCACCUAUGUGCCGCAGGGCAAGAAUCCGCCGGAUGGCGAGCGGAAGCUCUACCUGGCCAUCGAGAGCUGCAGCGAGUUGGCCGUGCAGAAGGCCAAGCGCGAGAUCACGCGCCUCAUCAAGGAGGAGCUGCUGAAGCUCAGCUCGGCUCAUCAUGUCUUCAACAAGGGGCGCUACAAGGUGGUCUAGGCAACUGGGAAUGAUAAAUUGCGAGCAACAAAAAACUGUAAAAAUCUAAAUUACAAUCAAAUCUAAUAAAGAUUUAUUUUUAACUUAAAGGCUGGCAGAAUAAAAAUGAAA